CACUUACAUUACACGGACGCAACCGGGAAGUUAAAUCCGAUUCGCUUCUGCGUCAGAGAAUUUCUCAUUUCCGUCUUCGUCCCUGUUUACUGUGCCGGUUUAUAGUCGACGGGGACCUCCGGUUCCUUACCGGAAUUCCUGUCCGAAAACCGCUCUUCUCUGACCUGCCAAGCCUUCUCUACCUUGUCGAAGAAUUGCUCAUCUUCACUCCAUUAAGCAAUCUUGACUUCAAAGUCUAAACAGUUUUGUUUCAGUCCAUUUUCAACUGCUGGAACUGUUCUCAUCGCAGUGAAGCGAACAAGGAAAACGGUCCUGGUAGACUUGACUUUUUUUUAGGGCUCUGGGCUGUGGAAUUUUGGUUUCAGUCUAGAGCAGCUUGACAGAUCUGGAAAGCUGUGUAGCUCUAGGGCUUACGGCUGGUUCCCGUUGGCCGUCGUUUGCUCUCUUUUUUUCUCCAAUUUUCUCUGGGGUAGACAAGAGGGCUUUCUUUAGCUGAAUAUUGAUGGUAGUUCACGGACGAGACUGUCAUCUAUGAUGACUGCAACUCUUCCACGAUCGAUGCGGGUGGUGAUUCCAGAAGUCUCUCACAUGGAAUGGCAGAUCUUGUCAGCUAUGGGAAUGCUGAACGUGACGUCGAGCAGGCAUUAAUUGCUCUGAAGAAAGGUGCUCAACUGCUCAAGUAUGGUCGAAAAGGGAAGCCUAAGUUUUGCCCAUUCAGACUUUCUAAUGAUGAAUCAUCCUUGAUCUGGCUUUCUAGUGGUGGAGAAAGAACAUUGAAGUUAGCUACUGUCUCAAAAAUAAUUCCCGGACAAAGAACUUCUGUCUUCCAGCGGUAUUUGCGCCCUGAUAAGGAUUACUUGUCCUUUUCUCUUAUCUACAACAAUGGAAAACGAUCACUUGAUCUGAUUUGUAAGGAUAAAGCUGAGGUAGACUUGUGGAUUACUGGCCUUAAGGCAUUGAUUUCUUCUGGUCAAUGUGGACGUUCAAAAAUUGAUGGAUGGAGUGAUGAAGGACUUUAUUUUGACGAUGGCAGGGACUUGACAUCUAAUAGUCCAAGUGACAGUUCUGUUAGUUUCACACGAGAUAUUAGCUCUCCAGAAGCUUCCGUCAGUUACAAGGCAAAUACUUUGGCCAAGAGUUAUCCUACUCCAGAAAGUUCUACGCAGUCUGAAAGGUCACAUGUAUCUUUGGAACGCACAAAUAUGCAAGUAAAAGGAUCUGGUUCAGAUGCUUUCCGGGUUAGUGUUUCAAGUGCCCCUAGUACUUCUAGUCAUGGUUCUGCACAAGAUGAUUGUGAUGCCUUAGGCGAUGUAUACAUAUGGGGUGAGGUUAUAUGUGAUAACUUUGUAAAGGUUGGUGCUGAUAAAAAUGUUUUUCCUUUUAGUACAAGAGCUGAUGUGCUUCUCCCCAAGCCAUUAGAGUCUAAUGUAGUUUUGGAUGUUCAUCAUAUAGCCUGUGGGGUUAGGCAUGCUGCACUUGUUACUAGACAAGGAGAGAUUUUUACAUGGGGUGAAGAAUCUGGUGGGCGGCUUGGCCAUGGAGUUGGGAAAGAUGUUAUUCAACCUCGUUUAGUGGAAUCGUUAACAGUCUGCAGUGUCGAUUUUGUUGCCUGUGGAGAGUUCCAUACUUGUGCUGUUACCAUGGCUGGUGAACUUUAUACUUGGGGAGAUGGUACCCAUAAUGCUGGGCUUCUUGGUCAUGGUACUGAUGUGAGUCACUGGAUACCAAAGAGAGUUGCAGGUCCUCUGGAAGGUCUUCAGGUUGCUUCAGUUACCUGUGGUCCUUGGCAUACAGCCUUGAUAACAUCAACAGGUCAGCUGUUCACAUUUGGUGAUGGAACAUUUGGUGUCUUGGGCCAUGGCAACAGAGAAAGUGUUGCAUAUCCCAGAGAAGUAGAUUCUCUGAUGGGAUUGAAGACAAUUGCUGUUGCUUGUGGUGUUUGGCAUACUGCUGCCAUUGUGGAAGUUAUUGUGACACAAUCUAGUGCUAGCUUUUCCUCAGGUAAAUUGUUUACUUGGGGUGAUGGGGAUAAAAAUCGUCUUGGUCAUGGAGACAAGGAGCCGCGUCUGAAACCCACUUGUGUGCCUUCUCUUAUUGAUUACAAUUUUCACAAACUUGCUUGUGGCCAUAGCUUAACGGUUGGAUUGACUACGUCAGGACAUGUUUUUACCAUGGGAAGUGCAGUUUAUGGCCAGCUUGGGAAUCCCCAUGCUGAUGCGAAACUGCCUUGCCCAGUAGAAGAUAAGCUUGCUGGUGAAUCUGUUGAAGAGGUUGCUUGUGGUGCAUACCAUGUCGCAGUGCUUACAUCAAGGAAUGAGGUCUACACAUGGGGAAAGGGAGCUAAUGGGAGAUUGGGCCAUGGGGACAUUGAAGACCGGAAAACACCGACAUUGGUAGAAGCUUUAAAGGAUAGACAUGUUAAAUAUAUUGCAUGUGGUUCAACCUUCACUGCAGCGAUAUGUCUUCACAAAUGGGUAUCUGGGGCUGAGCAGUCUCAGUGCUCGGCAUGCAGACAGGCAUUUGGAUUUACUCGAAAGAGGCACAAUUGCUAUAACUGUGGGCUUGUACAUUGCCAUGCCUGUAGCUCCAGAAAAGCUUUUAGAGCAGCUCUGGCUCCUAAUCCUGGAAAGCUUUAUCGUGUGUGUGAUUCCUGUUAUGCUAAACUGAACAAAGUGUCAGAAGCUAGUAAUAACAAUAACAGGAGAAAUGUGGUACCCCGACUUUCGGGCGAAAACAAAGAUAGGUUAGACAAGGCUGAUUUAAGAUUAUCCAGCUCUACUGGUAAUCUGGAUUUGAUUAAGCAGCUUGAUAGCAAAGCAGCCAAACAGGGAAAGAAGGCAGACACAUUCUCGCUUGGUCGAUCUUCCCAGGCAACUUCUAUGUUAAACCUAAAGGAUUUAGCUUUAUUAAGUGCAGUUGACAUGCGCCGCAUGGUUCCCAAACCACUUCUUACAUCUGUAGGUCAGUCUGGAAUGAGCUCGAGGGCAGUUUCACCAUUCUCAAGAAGACCCAGCCCACCACGUUCUGUAACACCUGUUCCUACAACUGCAGGCCUUUCUUUCUCUAAAAGCAUCACAGAUAGUCUGAAGAAAACAAACGAACUCCUGAAUCAAGAAGUACAGAAGCUGCGGACCCAGGUCGAUAGCCUGAAACAACGUUGUGAACUUCAAGACUUUGAGCUACAGAAAUCAGAAAAGAGAGCUCAAGAUGCCCUUGCUGUUGCUGCAGAAGAAUCUGCCAAGUCUAAAGCUGCUAAAGAAGUCAUAAAGUCCUUGACUGCUCAGCUCAAGGAUAUGGCCGAGAGACUGCCUCCUGGUACCUAUGAGACUGAAAACCUGAAGCCAGUUUAUGUACCAAAUGGCUUGGAGACAAAUGGGAUAUCUCACCUUGAAACAUUUGGAGGAUUUCAAUCUAGAUCUGAUGCAACCAAUGGUGCUGAAUUGGCUACGCCCACAGGAAUUGACUCUGUCGCUGUUAAUGGCACUCCAGGGCAGACCUAUUUAGCUAGAAUUGUUCCUGGAGCAAAUGAAGCUAAUGCCUACCUACCAAACCAGCGUAUUCUUGCCUCCAACACAAUCAAUUACCAUGCAGACAUGGGACUUCGAAAUGGUAAUGCUGGGGCAUAUGCCAAUAUUAGUAGGCCUGAGGCUCCUGGUGGCAAGGAAACUGAGUCUUUCCAAAAUGGUGAGAAUGGCAUGAAAUCAACGAGUCCUGCCCCAGGCAAUGGUCAUCAAGUCGAGGCUGAAUGGAUUGAACAGUAUGAGCUCGGUGUAUAUAUAACUCUUGUGGCCCUUCGGGAUGGAACUCGUGAUCUCAAGCGAGUGCGCUUUAGCCGGAGAAGAUUCGGAGAACACCAAGCUGAGACUUGGUGGUCAGAGAACCGUGAUAAGGUGUAUGAGAAAUAUAAUGUUAGGGGCUCGGACAGGCCAUCAGGAGCUUCCAGUCAGUCAUCUCGUAGACCUGAGGAAGCCGUGUCACCAUCUUAUCAACCUUAGCAGCGAGAAAGGAACUUCGCCUUUUAAGACAUUUUGGAUCCAAAAAUGUGAUUGUUUUGAAGGCUAUGGGUGGCAGUCCCUGUUCAAACUGGAAGGGAUGCCUCUCUUUUUUUCCUCUUAAAUUAUAUUUCUUUGUUCAUUUUUAUUUUCUGGGUAUCUGCUCCUUACCCUACCUGUUGUAUUCUAUUGUAUAUAAAAAGUAUCAUCAAUUUGUGAGAUAAUAUGGGCAGUAGAAAAGAAAAAUUUUCAUUUA